AAGUUAUUGAUACAGUCUAAUCAUCCUGACACACAUCUAGGGAAGUUUGUAUACAGCUCUUGUAAACAGUAUCUUGAUCUGAACAUUUUAACAUUACCCUUCUUCACUCCACUAGCCCCCAGCGUUCCCUUUUCCCCCGUAGGACCGAAAAAGAUUACAACUGAAGUAUGGCAUUCCUCAUGAAUCAAAUGUUGGGCGAUAAGUUGAAGAGUUUUACCGGAGGAGAUGGUGAAUCUAGCAGUAAAGUGGGAUCAGAUGGAAAGGAAACGGCAGAGUCCAAAGGCAUGUCCAGGGAGGAGUUUGAGGAGUACCAGAGGCAGAUGGUGGAAGAAAAGAUUCAGCGUGACAAGGACUUUGCCAACCGGAAGGCUGAGAGGGCAAAUCUAAGAGUGGCACUGAGAGAUAAAUAUCGACUUCCAGAUAGCACUCAAGACACUGCAUUAGUUGAGAUGGCUGGGGAUGACAUUGAUGUACCAGAGGAGCUCGCAAAAAUGGUGGAUGAAGAUGAGGAGGAAGAGGAGGCCAAUGACUCUUUCCUCAAUAAACUUCAAAACUUGGAUGUGGACACACUGAAAACCAAGGCCCAGACCACAAUGACGGAGAUAAAGCAGACUGCAGAGGAGAAAUGUAUCCUCAUGUGACUACUACUCCAUAAAAUGUACAGUGCUUACACCACACCCAGGCCUUCAUCCAUUACCUGUCACAUGAACAGCAGCAUUUAAACAUUCAAAAUGAAAUGGCUAUUUAGCAGCUAAUGACUUUUAUUUUAGCAGUCCUCUUUCUCAGAUACUCAGAUUACAGAAGUAAAAUGCUUUGGUCGUGGAGUGCUUCUCCACCUGCAGCUGCUUCGCUAAAUGAGCCGACCAUCUUCAUGUCAGACCUAUUUUACUACAUACACAGUAUGACAAACAGUGUGGUUUGUAUGUCAUUUAAUUUGUCUAUUUCUUCAUCUGUCUCUGUUAAAAACAUCAAUAAAGUAAUAAGACUUGUU